AUGCUGUCGGUGCCGGUGGCGGGCGCGGGGGCGGCGGCGCGGGGCGCGGGCUCCCUGCCCCGCCGGCGAACCAUGUGCAGCGGCGUCGGCUGCUUCUGGGCUCUGCUUUCCGCCGGCCUUUUGGUCGCCUGCGCCGCCGCCUUCCUCUCGCCGGCCUGGCUGCUGCCGCCCGGCCGUGCCUCCGCCGGCUUCGGCUUGCUCUGGCGCUGCGCCGGCCCCCCCCGCGCCUGCCACGGCUCAGCCGGCCCCGGCGGCUUCGGAGACAUCCCCUCCGGCUCCUGGCAGACCAGCGCCGUGCUGUGUGCGGGCGGCUGUGCCCUCCUGGCCCUCAGCUCCCUGCUGGCCGUCGUCACCGUCCUGCUGCCCGGCGGGCCCUGCGAGAGGAGGCUCUGCACCCUGGCUGGAUACAUGCAGACAGCAGCAGUGUUCAUAAUGGCUUCUGGGCUUUUGGUUUACCCUUUUGGUUUCAACUCUGCUACUGUGAAGAGAUUCUGUGAGAAUUCAGACAUCUACUAUGCAGGAGACUGCCAGAUUGGCUGGGGGUAUAUGCUGGCAAUUGUGGGGGUCAUGUUGUCUGUCUUUUUACCAUUCUUUGCAAAAUAUGCACCAAAAGAGCACAUCUCUCCAACUCCAAUACCUACUAUUUUAUAGUAGUUUACUCGUGUUUAAGAACAGAACAUUCCUGUCUACAGGCGAUGGGCAGAAAUUAGGAUAGCACUUCCACUUAGCUGUAUUGCUACAGAGAGAGAAAGACAUGGGGAGGAGAAGGUGAGAUUCACAAAGACCGGAAGUGCAUCGAUAGUCUUCCGCGAGCAGCGAACGCGCUGGGAUUGAAUGCAGAUUAAUCAGCAGCCUCGACACUGCUCCAAACGUACACUGGCAUAAUGCCUUAGACAAAACAAAUCUGCUUAUCCUCAGAACAUCUGUCUACCUCCCAGUUUCUUUUGUGUCUCAGAAUUGUUAAGUCUUUGAAAAGCUUCAGUUCACUUGUUCUAUAUUGUUAGAUGUCAAAACUUUUAUGAACCCCCUAAUUUUUAAAUCAAUGAUGCUAUUUUGUUACAAUUCUUUUGAUUAGUGAAAAAGCACUUAUUAGUAGCCACGGCCUAAAUUUCAGCUGGAGACCUAAAAAGAAUUGCAUACAAGAGAAAAGGUUCUAAUCUAUACAUAUUAGUAGGACCUACACAUUGGAAGUUGUUGGCACACGUUUUAAUACUGGUCUAAUCUUUAAGAUUCAGAGUCAUCCUACUGAAGACUUGCAUAAAAUUUAGAUUACUUUUUUUUCCAGAGAGAGCAAUCUAACCCCUUCCAAAGGCUUCCUGAUGACAGUUUCACAGCAGGAAUAAAAGGCUAAGAAUUUGGUUUUGAUAUUUCUUAAAUUAUAAUUUUAGGUGAACUUUGACAAAAUUAUUUGAACAAUUACAAUUGUAGGAUUUGAGGGUUUAUUGUAUCUUUUUAAAGCCAAGAAGAAAAAUCUCUGUUUACAGAAAUGUAUAUGCCCAAUGGCUCUUGGAUGUAGUGAUAAUAUAAGGCAGAAUGAACUAGAUUCUGGUAGUUCCAUUACUUUAAGAGUCUAUUACUGUAAAAAAACCCCAACAGUAGUGAAGUUGAAAUGCUACUGAAUGUGACUAAUGAACACUCUCUGAUGCCAUGUCACAACGAGCAAGUGGCCGUAUUUCCUGGGUUUGCCUGUGAAAUCCAGUUUCCACAAGAGCACCCAGUUCAUUACUCAAGCAUUGAAAUAAGUGCACUUGAUUGCCUUAAGCAAAGAAAGCAUUGGGUUCUAACCUCACCCCACUGUUAUGCUUUUUACUUAAAAUAGUAAUUAAAUUCUAAUUCUAGUCUCAUCUUUUAUUUUUUGUUAUUUAUUAAAAAAGAAAGAAUCACCUAGACUGUAUGUAAUUCAGAGAUGAACUUAGUUUUCUAUUUUGGUGCAAAUCAAGUGAUCAAAUUUAUUGUUCUUCACUUAGCUGAGUCCAACUGAUCACAGAAUCGUUGAGGUUAGAAAAGACCUUCAAGUCCAGCUGUUACCCCAGCACUGCCACACCCACUCCUAAACCAUGUAGCUCAGUGCCACAUCUGUAUGGUUUUUAAAUCUCUCCAGAUAUGGUGAUUCCACCACAGCCCUGGGCAGCCUGUGCCAGGGCCCACCGAUCCUUUUGGUGAAGAAAUUGUUCCUAAUCUCUAAUUUAAGCCUCUCCUGGCACAACUUGAGGCUGUUCCCUCUUGUCCUGUCACUUGUAAGUUGAUUCCUGAAUACUUUUUUUUUAAUGGAAAGUGUACAUGAAGGGACAGACAGGGACAUGUUGAGGAUAAGAAAAUGCAAACAGAUAGAACAAUCACUGUGUUGUUUUAAUAAAUGUCAAAGACUUUGGCAGUCUUGUUUACAUUCUUCACCCUUCUAAACUUCAAGGGAACAUUGCAUUGUUUUCCAAAAUAAUUGUCUGUCUUUACAUUUUCAUGCACUCUAAAAGCAAAUCCAGCACAUAAAUGUUGCAAGUUCCAUUAGAAAUCCUUGACAAUACAGACUUCAAGGUAGAAAGAAGUACAUUAAACAAGAGAGAGCAGCACUUGUGCUCACAGUGACUAAGGAAUUAAAUUGUCCAAAUAUUUAACAAACUAGGUUGAAGGAAUGCCUCAAAAGUAUGAAGAUGACAUUUUAGUCACUUCUGUAUAGUAAUGUACUUUUCAGUAACAUCUUACACUUUUUUUUUAAUGAAUGGCUGAAAUUGAUAACUUCCAUGUAAGGGUCAGAAAAGUGAGGAAUAACAAACAUCGUGUCAGAAGAGAAUCACUCCUGUGAAGCAGAAAAGACAGAGAUGCAGGCUUUUCUUUCCUAACCAACCUGUGCCUUUACACUAGAACCAUGACACAAGACAGGAUCAAUAUGGUUAAAAAAACCCAACAGAACAAAACAAGCAACAACUGAAAAAUGUUGAGUAAUGUGUAUAAACUGUGUUGCGUAGGGUUUUUUCUGUUUUGUGUACUGUUUAUGACUGUUCACUUAAUGUUUCACUAGAAAAAGUGAUUUGUUAGUAUACAGUAGAAAACUUUUUUUACAAAGAUCUAAACACUUACUGCAAGUAAAACAAAUCUGGAUUUUUAUUAACAUACCUGUCAGACACAAAUGACCAAUUCCUGUCAUUACGUAGCGAUGUAACUUUCAUGUGUGCAGAAGUGGAACUGUUGAUCAUUCAGCUGAAACGAGCAGGGCCACACCGGUUGUGUGGUGUUGGGGACACACUCAGAUGUGUGCAGUCUGGGCCCACAGUUCAAGCUCUUACAAUGGAGUCUUAGAAUUUACAACCCCACUCUACCAAACCCUUCACUUCUUACAACUCCACUUCUGCUGUGAAUAUCACCAAGCUCUGCGUUCUGUAAUAUUCUGCAUCUUUUGAGUUCAUCUAAAGCUUCCCUUUUGGGACUUUCUUUAGUAUUUUAUAAUAUAUAAAGGAAAUCAAAUAUAUGUAAAUGAGCUCUACAGCCAGACAAACUCCCCUUGCAACACCCAUGCUCAGAACCACCUUAGCACAGAAGGCAGAGAUGACAAUGCAAGUAUAACAGUUAGUAAAGCAUAUACUUUCUAAUCUCACCUGGAACAUGAGGGGGUUGUUGCUAACACCACAUAUACUAACACUGACAGAUCACUUUUUUAAAUAAAGACUGUCUGCACGUUAAACUGUGUGAAAGCGUUUUCCUGUUACAAGUCAAACAAUUUACUGGACCAGGUUCAGGUUUUAUUCUAAAUAUAUAAUUUUUUAAGUGUAACUAAAAGCUGUAUUUUCCAUUAAUGUGUUUCUGCGUUGACUAGCUGGAUCCUUUUUAGAAUAUUAACUGUUUUCUGUAUUUGACUUGUUGGAUACAAUAUUUC